AUGCGACCUUUCGUGUCCAGUUCUUCUGCAGAACGUGGGGGCUCGUCCUCGCUGUCGGGUGUGGUUUACCCUUUCUUUGCUGAGCGGCAGUCCGCCAUGUGGGCGGGCCACCGCAGGCGGUCGUCCAGUGCGCCUGGGGGUGGGCAGCCCUGGGCUGCUGUAAACGCUGCUGCUGUGGGCAUCCUUCAGGCCUUCACCUACCUUGGCUUCUCCACAGAAGCAGCAAGCGCCACAGGCAGGCCCAAGGCCACGGGGCUCCGGUCCAAACGGCCGCUCCCUGCUAUUCGUGACCCCCCUCCCCUGCGCUGCUCAUCUGCUGAAACCCUCCUGGAGGGGCUGGGGUACGGAGUCCUGGGCCAGGCCCUGCAGAUGCCCUCAAGGAGCCACAGUCCCAUAGAGGAGCCACAGGGGAGGAGCACCCAGGGAGGGGCUCAGCCCAGCAGGUGGGGAGCAGAGAGCGAGGACAAGCCCACAGGCUAUCGACAGGCACAGGCACCCACAAAAGUCACCCAGCGGCCCACGCUGCCCUUUACGGAGAUUCUCCUAUCUCAGGUUCAAGGGCCUUUGGUCCAGUUCCGAGCACGAACCGCGACGGCGCCCGCGCGGUCCCCGCAGCCUGAGGGUAAUGGGAAGACGGACACCCCUGAGGCUACAAAGCUCCGUGGUUUUGUGGGGCAUUCAGUGGUCCCGAACACCAACACCUGGAACACAGCACUGAUUCCUCAUAGACCUGCUCUUGUUCAAGUAGUUACAGUCGCGGGGGUAGCCUUCAGCAUCGCCCUGUUGUGUGGCAUCGCUAUUUCCUAUAUGAUCUAUCGACUGGCGCAGGCUGAGGAGAGACAACAGCUGGCAUUGCUUUAUAAAAAUAUCAGGGUGCCAUCAGCAGACGAGGAGGACAGCCCCGAGGAUGACAGCCUGGACGAGUCCACGUAUCUGCUUCCCGAGAAUGAGAAGGAACUGGAAAAGUUCAUUCAUUCAGUUAUUAGAUCGAAAAGAAGAAAGCACAUUGAAAAGAAAUUGAAUCAAGAGCAAAAGUUAGUAAAGGAAGUGAAGAUAAAGGAUGCUCUGCACACUUCAGAGAUGGAGAAUAUGUGAAAGCAGAC